ACUCCAAUCUGUCUGGUCGAUUUGUGCAAUCUGUACUUUCCGCUCCCAUUUCUUUAAUACACACACUGCUCUAUAAAGCGUCAAGUGUGGAGAGAGGAAGCCAAAGUUUGUGACAUCCUGCGAGCUGACAGUCACCAUGACUUGUAUCAAGAACAAAGGCUCCCUGGGCAUUAGAGGCCACACCAUCUUCUUUGUCCUGCUUGGCCUUCUGGUUUCAGAAAUUUCCUCUCAAGCAGCAGAAGGUCCAGAGGGAGAGCUGUCCAUUUUAAAGUUGAAACUAAACACUGUGAUGAACCACUACAAACUUCUGUGUGACAAGUACUCUGACCUGGCACUCAACUGCUCGGUUCCAGUGAUCAACUGCACCAGGUGCCCUCCUGGCUGGCUCCAGGUCCUGGAUAGGUGCCUUUUCUUCAGCUCUGACAAGCUUGACUGGCUCGCCAGUAAAGAAAAAUGUAAAGAGAUAGGCGGCCACCUCGCCAUACUUACCACCAAAGAACAGCACGAAGCUGUGGAGAAAGAAGGCAGGAGGAUCGGACAGUUUUACACAGACUACUGGAUUGGGCUGAGUGAUAUUGAGACUGAAGGAGACUGGAGAUGGGUGGACAACUCCACGCUUCAAACUCCAUUUUGGAACACAGAGAAAUCAGAACCGGACAACAACAAGUCUGGUGGGGAGGACGGAGAGGACUGUGUGGUGGUGGACAGCUACAAUCAGAUCUGGUACGAUGUCCCCUGUUCCUUCUUGUACCCACGAAUCUGCCAGAUGGAUGUCUUCCCACUCCAGUGAGGACGCACGCACGCACACUACUGCAGGACGACCGCUCAGCUUUCAAAGAUAUUCGUGCUUUAUUGAAAAAAACUCAUGGUACAUUUAUGACAGUGGCUGGUGAUUUUAUAUUUUACAGCUUGUUUCUGAUUCCCAACAUGACGUCAAGUUUAAUAACAAUGUAUCAUUGUGUGUCCGUGAAUAAAGCAUGCGUAAAUAUCUGCUGGA